CGUCGCAGAAAAAAAAAGAGUUUCUCCUCUGCUGUCUCUCUCUCUCUCUCAAUCUUCUUGCGGCGGAAGCAAAGCGAGCGCGGCUCAGCGGCGGCGAGAUGGACAUCGCCGGAGAGGACGGGAAGCAGCAGCCACACCUGGUACUAGCGCACAAGCUGUUCCUGCUGUCGCACCACGAUGUGGAUGACCUCGCCAAGGUCGACCUCCGCGCCGACGUUCUCGCGGCAGUCAAAUCCGAUGACAUGGCGGCGCUGUACGAGUCGCUGGCGACGGACGGCGUGCUGGAGAUGGACGCGGCGCUGCUGGCCGAGAUGCGCGCCAGGAUCGACGAGGAGAUCCGGAAGUUCGAUGAGAAAAUCGCUGAUGCUGAGGAGAAUUUGGGUGAGAGUGAAGUGCGUGAGGCCCAUCUUGCCAAAUCCUUGUAUUUCAUAAGGGUUGGGGAGAAGGAAAAGGCUCUGGAGCAGCUUAAAGUUACUGAAGGAAAAACUGUAGCUGUUGGCCAAAAGAUGGACCUUGUUUUCUACACGUUGCAAAUUGGAUUUUUCUAUAUGGACUUUGAUCUCAUCUCAAAAUCCAUUGACAAGGCUAAAAACCUGUUUGAGGAGGGUGGUGACUGGGAGAGGAAGAACAGAUUGAAAGUGUAUGAAGGAUUGUACUGCAUGGCGACUAGAAACUUCAAGAAAGCUGCUAGCUUGUUCUUGGAUUCGAUUUCAACAUUCACAACCUAUGAGCUGUUCACCUAUGAUACAUUCAUCUUCUACACGGUUCUUACAAGUGUUACCUCACUGGAUCGUGUAUCUCUAAAACAGAAGGUUGUAGAUGCACCUGAAAUCCUCGCUGUAAUUGGCAAAGUACCUCACCUCUCCGAGUUCCUCAAUUCACUCUAUAAUUGCCAGUACAAGUCAUUUUUUAUUGCAUUCUCUGGCUUGACGGAACAGAUCAAGUUGGACCGUUACCUGCAGCCUCAUUUCCGCUACUACAUGCGUGAAGUGCGCACUGUUGUUUACUCACAGUUUCUGGAAUCGUACAAGAGUGUGACAAUGGAAGCAAUGGCUUCUGCGUUUGGCGUAACCGUUGAUUUCAUUGACCAGGAAUUGUCGCGCUUUAUCGCUGCUGGGAAGCUCCACUGCAAGAUAGACAAAGUUGCUGGCGUCUUGGAGACGAACCGACCUGAUGCCAGGAAUGCCUUCUACCAGGCAACCAUCAAGCAAGGAGACUUCCUGCUGAACCGCAUCCAGAAGCUAUCACGAGUUAUUGACCUGUAGGCAAGCCGCUUGAGCCCUUUUGCCAGGACUUAUUGCUUGAGCUCCCGGCGCACGACUUGCAGUGUAUUAUUUACGGGCAGCAAUUGACUUGCAUUGGCCACGGUCGAAGAAGCUUUAGGGAUAUUUGUGUUAUGAGAAAUUGUAUUUUGUACUUUUGUUGCCUAACUACAUGGAUCAAAACCAAAUACAGGCAUUGCUUGUAGACGUUUCAUCCGUGAUGAAUUCAUUCUUUAUUUUGUUUCAGUCU